AUGACCGACUCAACACAUGCUCACAACAUUAUCUUUGAUUUCUUCCCGUUAUGGGAAACGACGGUGAUCCUCCUGAUCGUGGCCGCUGUAGUGUACCCGGUGGUUUGCUAUUUCCACGACCCCAAGCAACUACGGCGGUUCCCAGCGCCGGGGAUCGCAGGAUUCUCCAACCUGUGGAUGAUGUAUCAACAAUACAACCACAACCGCGCGCUGUCGACUCACGCCGCGCAUGAGCGGCUGGGGAAGAUCGUCCGGGUCGGGCCAAACCACAUCUCGUUUGUCGGCCGACAAGCCACCAGGGACAUAUACGGGCACGGGACGGCGGCGCAGAAGGACAAGUUCUACAUUUCCUUCACGGGGACGCACGAGAGCAGUCUGGACGUGACGGACCGACACAUGCACAGCGAGAAGCGGAAGCGGCUGGCGGCGGCGUUUGCGCAGAAACGCAUCGCGGACAUGGAGCACCUCGUGGUCGAGGACAUCCAGCGGCUGCUCGUCCGGUUCGACCGGGCCGUCGAGGAAGCAGAAACCGUCAACGUGCGCUGGUACAUCAACAUGCUCCUCUUCGACCUCACGGGCGACCUCGUCUUCAGCCAGAACCUCGGCUGCGUGGAGCGCGGCGACGACAUGAUGCAGGCGCAGAAGCUCGACGGGACAAAGUACUGGACCAAGCCGGCGGAUGCGCUGCGCAAUUCGCUCCGCAUCGGCUCGACCAUGGGGUGGAGCGCCGACUACUUCGGCUUGCUCAAGAGGCUGACCUGGUGGCACGAGGGCUGGAGGGGAGGCGCGGACUUCACGGCCAUCGUGCUGCACAUGGUGCGCACCCGGCUGGAGAAGGAGAAGGAGAAGAAGGAAGGCGUCGAGCUCAACGACUUCUUCCACGCCCUGCUCUGGGACCGCAACGGCGAGCCCCUGGGCCUCGAGAUCGGCGAGAUGGUCGCCGAGUGCGGCCUGCUCCUCAACGCCGGCUCGGACACGACCUCGAUCGUCCUCACGGGCACCAUAUUCCUCUUGACCAAAUGGCCACGCACCGCCGAGAAGCUGCGCAAGGAGCUCGACGACGCCCUGGGGCCCCUGGGUGAUGAUGACUCCGACGAACACCCCGCCGGCGUCUGUGCUUUCGACGAAGUCAAGAACCUGCCGUACCUGCGCGCCUGCGUGGACGAGGCCAUGCGAAUGAGACCUCCCCUUCGUGGCGGGUUGCCGCGCGUCACACCUCCCGAGGGCAUGAUGAUCGCUGGCGAGUGGAUCGCCGGCAACACGACCGUCUCGGUGCCGACCUACUCCCUCCACCACGACCCGGAUUUGUUUUCAGACCCCUGGACGUACAAGCCGGAACGGUGGCUGGAGGAUGACGCCGCGGAUCUGCAGCAAGUCUUUAUUCCUUUCUCAGCCGGCGGACGUGGUUGCAUUGGCCGGAACGUUUCGUAUUUGGAGCUCCUCGUUGUCAUCUCGACGCUGAUGCGGCGCUAUGAGUUCGAAUUCGAGAAGCCCGAUUUCGAGCUCGAGACAAAGGAUACCGUGAAUGCGCAUCCGGGACCUAUGAUGAUGAAGAUUCGAAGGAGGAAAGCCCAAAGUUUGAAGCAGCUCUGA